AACGUCAGGCAAUGUCGAUGUCGGAGUUUGUGUAACAAAAAUAAUUAAUAUCUCGGAGUUUUGUGAUAAUAUUAUGUGAAUAAUGAGAUGAAAGUGUAAAUAAAUGUUAGAAUAGUGUCUGUUAGUGAUUAUGGCGCAUAGUGGUGGUGUGUUGAGCUCGGAUAUAUCGCGACGGAACCCGCAGGAUGAAUACGAGCUGAUUCAAAGGAUUGGUUCGGGCACCUAUGGGGACGUUUACAAGGCGAAACGUCUCAACGGGAACGGGGAGCUUGCCGCCAUCAAGGUGAUCAAGUUGGAGCCGGGCGAUGACUUCGCCAUCAUCCAGCAGGAGAUUCUGAUGAUGAAGGACUGCAGACACCCUAACAUCGUCGCCUACUACGGCUCCUACCUCAGGAGAGACAAGCUGUGGAUCUCUAUGGAGUACUGUGGCGGAGGGAGCUUGCAGGACAUCUACCACGUGACGGGCCCGCUGACCGAGCUGCAGAUAGCCUACAUGUGCCGAGAGACGUUAAUGGGGCUCUCCUAUUUGCACAGCAUGGGCAAGAUGCAUCGGGAUAUAAAAGGCGCAAACAUCUUGCUAACGGAGUGCGGGGAUGUGAAGCUGGCGGAUUUCGGUGUCUCAGCUCAGAUCACAGCCACCAUCAACAAACGAAAGUCCUUCAUCGGGACGCCAUAUUGGAUGGCGCCGGAGGUGGCAGCAGUGGAAAGAAAGGGCGGCUACAACCAGCUCUGUGACAUCUGGGCGUGCGGCAUCACCGCCAUAGAGCUGGCAGAGCUGCAGCCUCCCAUGUUCGAGCUCCAUCCCAUGAGGGUGCUCUUCCUCAUGUCCAAGUCUGGCUUCAAGCCGCCGCAGCUGAAGGAACGGGAGCGCUGGUCGCAACUGUUCCAUGCUUUCCUUAAGUUGGCGCUUACUAAGAACCCGAAGAAGAGGCCCACAGCUGACAAGUUACUUCAGCACGCGUUCUUCCAUCAAGACAUGAACAAGCGUCUCGCAAUAGAGUUGUUGCAGAAGUACUCCAACCCGCCCAGCGUGUGUAACUCGGAAAUGGAUGAUGAUGGGGCCGUUUCAAACGUGCCACAGCGUAUAGCCUCGAAGCACACGGGUCGCGGCGUGGGGCGGCGCGUGCUGGAGCAGUCGCCCGGCGCGGCGCGGGCACGCCCGAGGUCUCUACUGACGGACCACGUGGUGCCCACCAGGGAUCUCUCCAGUGGACGUGUCCGUAUGGAAGAAGAGAGAGCUGCACGUAGGGCAGGCUACGAUGACUCUCCCAUCAUAGAUCUAGACGCGGAUGAAGACCUAGGUCACGGGGCGGCUAGGGCCCGCCUGCUCAACUUUACCGACGAGCCGGAGCGAGCUGACACUGUCAAACGAGUUUCAGUGCACCACAGACAACCAAGCGAAGAUUGGAGCGUGAAAUCUCUCAUGACCUGCCCUAAACACAACCCGCUAACUCCAGAAAUGGCCAACGACACUAUGCCCAACAGCGAAAAGAGCCUCUUGCAAUAUAUAGACGAAGAAUUAAUGCUCAGGGCAACAUUACCGAUGACAGCGGACACCGCGGCCAUGUCGCAAGCGGCCGCCCUGUCCGUACACGAUCAACAUCUAUCACAAUGCAUCCAGCUAAAACAAAACUUCUUAAAUAACUCUACUACUAAUAUAUACCAGAAUCUAGCUUCCAACUACCAAACUCCUAUAAACGCCUCUAGAGUAUCCAUAGACGAUCCACUAUGUAGACGAAUGGGAGAAACUGAUAUAAUGUUCGCAGACCAACCCGGUAGCGAAUCCAUAGUGGAAUCACCACAGAUAAGAAACUCUAACUGCGAAUGUGGUUUAUGCCCUAAACCGGAACCUAGAGACAAUAACACUUUGAGCGACUUACAGAGAUCUGUCGCGUCUAAAUGUUCUUGCGACGCUUGCAACUCCAACGCAGACAUAUUAAGUUACUACAGAAAUUGCUCGAAUCAAAAUUCUGAUUCUGGUAUAGUUUACUGUGAUACUUGUAAGAAGCAAAAGAUAUCUAUAUCUAACUUUAAAGCGCUACAGAUAGCUAAUAGACUCCAAAUAGCGGAUAAAGUCGAAAACGGGUCGACAUCUGACGACGACUUAUGUCGAAAAAUCGAUAUAAGUAUGACAGACGACACCCACGAACAUAGGAAGCGACAUAAUAGACACAAUUCUGAAUCUACAGUCGGUAUAGAUCUAAGUCAGUUCUGUCAGUGUGAGUUGGAGAGUACGAAGAGAAAGACGUCAUCUGUGGACGAGAUAUUUAAGAUGGCGGAAGGGGAUGUGAAACAGGAGGCGCCGGAGGAGGAUAAAUAUAGUCAGAGGCAGAGGAGUCUGUCGGACAGCCAGAGAGAUAAAGCCAAGGUCGAGACCAAAGCUCUGGACACGCCCCCGGUGCCCCCGCGGCGCGCUCGCGCUCGUGCGCAUGCGCCGCGCGCGCACACCCCCCCCCGCCCCGCGCCCAACGGCCUCCCGCCCACGCCCAAGGUGCACAUGGGCGCCUGCUUCUCCAAGGUGUUCAACGGUUGUCCGCUGAGGAUAAACUGCACUGCGUCGUGGAUCAACCCGGACACCAGAGACCAACACAUACUCAUUGGUGCGGAGGAGGGCAUAUACACGCUGAACUUGAACGAACUCCACGAGACCGCGAUGGACCAGCUGUGUCCACGGCGGACGAUAUGGCUGCAUGUCAUACAGGACGUCUUAAUGUCGCUAUCAGGCAAAACGCCAUCUUUAUAUCGGCACGAGUUGCUAGCACUCAUUGGUGCGCGGGGGAACAAGUCAUUACGAGUAUUACCGCCGCGUCUUCUACCACGGCGGUUCUCUCUCACCACAAGGGUGCCAGACACUAGAGGGUGUAUCCGUUGCGCGGUGGCCCGUAACCCGUACAACGGCUACAAGUACCUGUGCGGCGCCACUCCCCACGGCCUCUUCCUGAUGCAGUGGUAUGAUCCGUUGCACAAGUUCAUGCUGCUCAAGAACAUAGAGUGCGUGCUGCCGAGCCCGCUGCUGGUGUUCGAGCUGAUCAUCACGCCGGAGCUGGAGUACCCGCUGGUGUGCGUGGGCGCCACCCGCCGCCCGCUGCGGCUCUGCUUGCUCAACAUUAACUCUGGUGCAACCUGGUUCCAUUCGGACGAGCUGAAUAUCUGCGGCGGCAGCAACACGGUGGUGCCGCGCGGCGAACGCUUGCACACGCUGCGGGCCGUGCACCAGAUAGACAAGGACACGGUGUUGGUGUGUCACGAGAAUGUGGUCGAUAUUAUCCCCGUGCUGCCGCCUGCGCUCGAUACGCGACGGGAGGAUGAGAAACGGAAGAACAAACUGCUGCCGAGGAUAGAGUUCGACUUCAAUAUUGACAGCAUAUUGUGCCUGGCGGACUCGGUGUUGGCGUUCCACCGGCACGGCGUGCAGGGCCGGUCGCUGCGGCACGCCGACGUCACGCAGGAGAUCACCGACGAGAGCCGCGCGUACCGCCUGCGGGGGAGCGACAAGGUUGUGGUGCUGGAGUCGCACUUGCUGCAAAGCAACACGCUAUCCGGAGACGACGGGAACGACCUCUACAUACUGGCGGGGCACGAGGCCUCCUACUAAACACACAUAUUACAUUGAUAUAGGUAACUAACACCCAUGGCAGAGACAGACAUACAUACAGUCAGCAGCAGAAGUCGCUAAGCGGAGAUGUUCAAAAUUGACAUAUGGUAUGGAACACCACUACGUACUUUUCGUGUUUAGCAUGUUUGUGGUUAAAACUUAACUCAAUGCAGGUGUAAUGAGUAAAAGUAAACGCACAUAGUCUUUGUAGGCGCUGAAUGAUUUCAUCCAUAUAUGGCGGGAAUUUAGUAUUUAACCUUUUAGGCCCACUUGCACCAUCCCAAUAACCCGGGGUUAAGCGGUUAAACCGUUAACCCGGUGUCAAAUUGUACUGGUAACCAUGGUAACUCCAAGUUUAACCGGUUAACCCCAGGUUAGUGGAAUGGUGCAAGUGUUAGAAGGUCAUUUAAAGAUAUCGCGAGAUGAGUAACAAGAACUAUAUUAUUAAUCAAAACAUACUUACAACCUCACAAUAAAUAUCUUAAUCAAUUCUCAAUGCCGAUAGAGCAUUUAUUUACCAAGAAAAUAAACUACGUAAAGGGUUUUUGAAGCGUUACUUACUGUACUUUUGCAUAUUUCGCGUAUUCCACUUGGAAUCGUCUUGGGUCGUCCCAUUCUUAAAUUAGUCCUAUUCUGCUUUCGUCACCCAUUCUACAUUCGUCACAAUCGUCGAUGGCUUUCAAUGUAGAAUGAGUGACGAAAGCAGAAUAGGACUAAUUUAAGAACUUGACGGAAAACGAAUGGGACGACCCAAGUCGAUACCUUCCACUUACGCUCUUCGAUUUAAGAGACGACUAAAUAAUACAGAAUGUUUAUCUGCAUAGAAAGUUGUGAUACUUAGAAAAAGUCGAGUUUUUUUUAUUUUCCAUGCAGGUAUUUUGUUUGACUUGUUUACUAUUAUAAAUAACGCCAUUCUUAGAGUUCACUAAAUCUAUCGAUCGAUUUUUAAGAUACUUGAAGGUGGCUGAAACACCAUAAAACGAUUAUAUGAUCAAGAUCUCCUUCAAGCAUAAGGGGAAAAGUUUGUAGUAAGCUACUUUUUAUUCUUGCAUUUUUAAUUAAAACCUGGCAAAUCAAUUUGCCAGCAGGAAAAUAUGCAUCCUAUUUUCAAAUAUGCGGCCUUUUUCUACUUAUACAAUUGGCUUGUUAGACUGUAAUUAUAGUCUUCUCUGGGUUUGUUAACUGGAUGGAGAAUACCUAGAGCAAUUAAGCAAUCUUAGACCUUAUUUGAUGCAAUAAGCAUUUCAUAGUGAAAAUAUUUAUUUAUUAAUUUUACCUCGUAAAGCGUGUAACAACCAAAUAAUUGUGAUUAUUAUUAAUCUCUAAUAAUAUUGGACUGUAAGGGGUAGUAACAUCUAAUAAAAGACAUUAUUUAGUACAUAAAUAAAACAGUAUAAAGAACAAAUAAAAUACAUUUCUAGAUCCAGUAAAGUAUACUAAAACAAAAAUUAUAUUGUCAUAAAUUUGGACAGCUGAAGUACAAAAAAAAAAUUUGACGAUGUCUUAAAAUGAGUGAGGUGUUCUUUAUAUUGUUAUAUUUGUGAUAUACAUAUACAUAGUUUAACAUAGACUUAUAAAUUUAGGUUGUACGUAUAUUACCGAAACCAGUGGUAUGAGGUGAAAUAUUUUGAGGCAUUCGAUAAAAAUGACUCAUUACGCGAAUUCGUACCUAUUAAAAGGAGGUUUGAGUGACACUUGAGGAUGAUUUAUUUAAUUUUAUAUGUGAGAGAGUGAAGCUCAACAUGAUUGAACAUAUGUAUUUAAUAUUUGUCUAAAAGACUCAGGCUUUUAAACGCAUCUUCAAGUUUAUUCAAAUAUCGUGCAAGAUGAACAGAAAACGACAUAAGAUAUACCUUAUUUUUAAUGCAAAUUGCUAUUCAAUGAACGAUUAAUAAAGAAUAUAUCCAAAAAUAAAGGAGCAUCUAUAAAAAUAAUAGUCGUCAAAAGGGGACUGGCAUCGGUAAUGUCGUAAACUCGCUUGUGUAUUUUUUGUAAAUAAUUACGAUUAUUCCAAACUAGUUUUAGCCGAUUGUAUUAUAUAAAUAGCAUAGUUAUUGUAAUUUUAAAAUGUAUUUAAUUUUUUUUAAUGGAAACCUCAUAUUCGUAUCUAAUAACUGAUGGUCUGGUUUUGACGUGAAGCUCUUGCAGGGGUGAGUGAACAUUUUCUGCCAACUUUUGUGGUCGACAUAGUUAAUGCAUUAAACACAUAGCUUUUAUGUAACAUUGCGUUCAAAACUUUUUAACAAGAGAAUUUUACCAAUGCUAGCUUUUUUAUCACGGUCUUAAAUGCAUUUCUUUCAUACAAUAUUUAUUUAGAAAGAGAUAAUUCUCGACUGUCAUAAAAGUACCUAAAUGUGUAAUUUAAUAUUAUUAUCAGUGUAUUCCAUCAGACUUAUGAUUUGAGAUUAUGUAUUUAACAUUUGUUUAUGAUAAGUUUUAUAACGUUAACUGAGAAUAUUUUUGUUCCAUCACAGAUUUGAUUAUCCCGUUUAUUUAUCUCCCGUAAUAAAAAUUUAUUUUGUACAUUUUUGUUUUUUAUUUUAUUUAUGCACCUUUUGUUACCAAUGACGUAAAUUUUAAAGAUAAAGUAUAUAAAAUAUAAUUUCCUCAUUGUCACAUUUUUAACGAAAUUUGUUAGCAUUCUUUAAAAUUUGCUGGUCUCUAGGUUUACCUUAAACUUUUAUUGAACAUAAACUUUGAUAUGAUACUCACUUGAAUGCUGUAUACAAAAAAUAACAGUAACAUUUCGAAAAGUACAAAAUCAAAAGUCAGUGUUUAUUAAAAGGAUUUUUAAUAAAUUAUUUUGUGUCGUAAAAAGAGAGCUUAAGACGUAGAUGCUCCAGUAUUAAAAUGAAUGCCCUGGCGCCAUUGUCCUAGGUACAGUCAAGGAAUUUAAAUUCCGACCCAUUUCGUACUUUGUCACAGUGACAAUCAAUAUGAAAGCCCCUAGAGACCUCAUACGGUUGUCACUGUGACAAAGUACGAAAUGGGUCGGAAUUUAAAUUCCUUGACUGUACCUUUUUACGCGUAAAAACAAUAUAUUCAACUUUAAAUCUUGGAUUUGGUAAUACGUCACCACUACGUGAUCAACAUCAAAAAAAUAUUUUCUUUCUAUUAUGAUUAUUCGCAACAUAAAAUAUCUAUAAUAGCAUAGUAUAUUUAAUAAGAAACUAUAUAUCUUCGCUUCUAAAGUAUAUCGUAGUUUCUUGAUUGCCAAAUGAAUUAGCGUUAAGGUUCAAUUCCAUUUCCGAUAGCAUAGCAGGCAGAGAUUUCCGGUUCCGUCGCACUCUAAAUUGCACCAUAAUAACAAAGAUAUAGGGCUCCAUUUGGAAUGUGCAUCAUGCCGCGUCUCUUGACAAUUUAACAUACCAUUAUGGUUCAUUUUGGAGCGCGCAGAAUGUGCAGAGCUGCUUGCUGUCAGAAUUGGCGUGACACCUUUACACCUCGCACGGACUGAAUAAGGGCUGUUAGUACCGGGUCGUAUGAUUCUGAGAUGAGUUUAUCUGCAGUUGUCAACCAGAAACCCAACCACUUUGAUCGAUGACACAGAAUAAAUAAGUACUAGGUACAGAAGACUCACUCUCUAACAACGCGUCUGUCACGAUCAGCACAGAUAUGGCCGCUAGGUGGCGACAGUGCCACGCGCGGCUUAUGGCUUUCCCCAAAAUUGGUGUGGAACGGAUGUACUUUUAGCUACCUGUAGCAAAGCGACGAAAUCGCUGAGUGAGCCACUCCUGUCACCAAAAUCGAAGUUAAGAGCCCAUCAACGUGCACACUAAAUAGCGCCACAGCUAAAUAAUGGUAAUUAUUUAAAUUUAACGAAAGAUAGUUAAAAAGGGGGCCGCUACGUACUGUAUUGUGCAUUUAAGUACCUUUUGAAUACAUUAAACUAGUUUUACUAUUGCCGGUUUUGGCAGAGUAUUAGGUACGGUAAGAAUGCCAUCGCAUGUACAAUUCGGCGCGGAAAUCUUAUUCCUUGACAUAAACGGGUACCUAAUGGUUGACAACUGUAGGAUAAGCUUGAUACCGAUUAUGAGAACAUUACAUGUAAUUUGUAGAUAUACGUUUUGAAUUAAUAGGUCUAUAAGGUCGGAAGCGGCGUUCAGAACACCAUUAGUGUAGUCUGCUGGUGCUAAGGAUUGAAAUAAAAAGUUUAUUAACUUUUUCAAAAUCGGGAAAAAUAGUUAAAUACCUUACCUACCUGCAACUGAACAAAUGAAAACUAAUAUUUCGAAUAAAACUAUGAUUAACAGCUAUUGUCAAGCAUAAUUCAAAGUAUGUUUUAAUGAACAAGUAUUUAGACAAGUCCUUAACACCAGUAUAUUGCUAAACUUAUAUUAACGUAGAUAAUAAUUACCUUUUUAGAGAUUAAAAAUUAUUCAAAUCAAAGUCUGGAAUAAAGAGUCUAUUAUUAAAAUGUAAAAUUACAAAAGUAAAUGUUAAAGAAGUAUUAAAUUAGUAAUGAAAAUGUAAUCUAUUUACCUGAGCUUUUCUUUGUAGGAUAUGUAUGUACUCGUAUGCUGUCAAUGAUGUCUUCACUAGAGAUUCAACCUUAUUUUGAAGGCUAUAGAGUUUUAUUUAAAUAUCAAGCAAGUGUGUGUUCACCUCAAUCAAGAAAUGAUUAUGAGUUAUUUUCGUAAAGACUAGAGCCCAGAACUCCUGCGAUUAUGUCGCCGUACAGACCCUAGAGGCUUUAUUUUACUAGUCCAUUUUCUAAGGUAUGUCAUUUUAUUAUGUUAUCUUCCACCUACGCCUUUUCCCAUCUGGGGUCGGCUUUUCUUGCCCAUUCUCCACACAGGACGAUUUUUUGCCGUUUCGGCGUCAAUAUUUGUUUCUCAGGUCAUUUUGGACCAUUGUCAACCAAUCAACACAAAUACAAAUGUUAGCAUCUACUAUACAUUGGCUGCAUAGUAUUUUUCGUGAGUAUACUAGCCAGAAUAACUUAUAACAGUCAUAUUAUAACAAUAGAUCUUUAGUGUAGACAUCAUAGUAUCAUGUCAGUAUGGUAGACCCAUGGCCAGGCCUCAUGGAAUAAAUUCCGAAAAGAAAAUAUUUGAAGUGGCCUGUACAUGGUAAUAUUCUCCUAGAUGACAUAGUAAAACAUGUUACUCUCUCUCAAUAAGUACAUGGUCCAAGAUGCUUUCUAGCUAAUUUUGUGUUUUUUCUUGUAGAAACAAUACAAAAUGAUUAUAGCUUGCAUGUUGACCAGACGCAUACAAAAAUUAUUUUUCAUAGAUUAAGUCUUUCCAAUUUUUCUCUAUAAAAUUAAAAUAUUGUAUUAAAACUGGCUGUCAAUAAAAUUCAUCAAUUUUAUUGAUGAAAUUUAUUGUUAGUAUUAAAAUAUGAAAAAUUAAAUUCUUGCAAUCAAAGAUUAUAAAUUAGAAUAGGAGAUAGAGAUAUGAUAUUUAUUUUCGUUAUGUGGAGAGUCGGGAGUCAUCUGGUGUACAUAGGCUAGCGUAGAGCACUGAGGGUGCGGCGGUUCAUGUUACAAUUACAGAUUGUUUAAGCAGAUUUUAUUCCUGAAUAAAGUGAUGACAAAUA